CCAGGAGUGGUAUCAAAAGUGCUGGAAAAUUUGAGCUCUUGGGGAAGCCAUUUGGUCGUGUGAGGAGUGAUUCACCCCACCCGUUACUUGGUGAGAAUGUACCUGGUGUUACCAACCCGCCCUUGAUUAAUGCACAUAACUCAUAAAUAAGAAAUGAGCUGGAAACUACCAGGAGAGAGAAUUUUAACGUGCUGUGAGUAGUUGUUACCAAUGGCUAUUGCAGAGCUCGGCACCUUUGACCUGUUGUUGCCUCCAAGAUCAUCCAUUCAUCCAACCAGCCAGCCAGCUAGCCAGCCAGCCAGUCAACAAAUACCUGUCAUGAGGCAGGUGGGGCAGCAGGACCCUGGGGUUAUAAUGGUGAGCAAAAUAGACACAGACCCUCCCUCAUCAAGCUUGCAGUAUAGCCUGGGAAACAGAAAUUACCAGUGCAAGAUAAAUGCUAUGAUAAGAAGUCAGGGGCUAGCAUCCUGGAGCAAGGGACAUUUAUGCUGAGACCUGAAGGAUUCAUAGGAUUGGCCGGAAGAAGGGGCUUAGCAGUAGCAAUUGGUUUAGUGACUGAUUUUACAAUAGUAAUCUUUGUUUCUUCUUUACAUUUCUUUCUAGGAUGUCCAGUUCUUCUCCACAAUGAAUGAGUGUCACUAUGAUAAGCGUAUGGACUUUUUUUAUAAUAGGAGCAAUACUGACACUGCCGAUGAAUGGACGGGGACAAAGCUUGUGAUUGUUUUGUGUUUUGGAACAUUUUUCUGCUUAUUUAUUUUUUUCUCUAAUUCUCUGGUCAUUGCCGCAGUGAUCAAAAACAGAAAGUUUCAUUUUCCUUUCUACUAUCUGUUGGCUAACUUGGCUGCCGCAGAUUUCUUUGCUGGCAUUGCCUAUGUAUUCCUGAUGUUUAACACUGGCCCCGUGUCAAAAACUUUGACUGUCAAUCGCUGGUUUCUCCGCCAGGGGCUUCUGGACACAAGUUUAACUGCCUCCCUGACCAAUUUGCUGGUUAUUGCUGUGGAGAGGCACAUGUCAAUCCUGAAGAUGCGGGUCCACAGCAACCUGACCAAAAAGAGGGUGACACUGCUCAUUUUGCUCAUCUGGGCCAUCGCCAUCUUUAUGGGGGCGGUUCCCACGCUAGGCUGGAAUUGCCUUUGUGACAUCUCUACCUGCUCUUCCCUGGCCCCCAUUUAUAGCAGGAGUUACCUCAUUUUCUGGACUGUGUCCAACCUCGUGGCAUUCUUCAUCAUGGUUGUGGUGUACCUGCGGAUCUACAUGUAUGUCAAGAGGAAAACAAACAUCUUGUCUCCACAUACAAGUGGGUCCAUCGGCCGUCGGAGGACACCCAUGAAGCUCAUGAAGACAGUGAUGACCGUCUUAGGAGCGUUCAUUGUGUGUUGGACGCCGGGCCUGGUGGUCCUGCUGCUCGACGGCCUGAACUGCACGCAGUGCGGUGUGCAGCACGUGAAGAGGUGGUUCCUGCUGCUGGCGCUGCUCAACUCCAUCAUGAACCCCGUCAUCUAUUCGUACAAGGACGAGGACAUGUACAGCACCAUGAAGAAGAUGAUCUGCUGCUUCUCUCAGGAGAAGAACCCAGAGAGGCGCUCCUCUUGUAUCCCAUCUGGGGUCCACAGCAGGAGCGACAUGGGCAGCCAGAAUAUGGAAGACAGUAUUAGCCAAGGCACGAUCUGCAAAAAGGACAAUUCCUAAGCUGUGGACACCCCUCCGCCCACCCAGGCCUCCUCUGGGGAAAGAGCUGUUAAGAAUGGUUACAUGUCUCUAACAAAGCCCAUGUACAGUGUUAUUUGAGGUCUAAUCGAUCAUUGCUAGAUUAAAAAAAAAAAUUAACAUUGUUUAAAAGCAUGGGCAAUAAAGAGAGGACACAGUGCACUUAGAGAAAAUGUGGAGAAAGGAGGAGACAGCAAAGUGGAUUCCUGCUUGUUGCCCUAUGAAGUGCUCAGAGCAUCUGCCUGCCCCACGGUGCAUUCUGGGCCCUGCCGUGCUCUUGUGGCCAUUCUCUUGCGUCUCAAAAGGAUGCUAUUAAAGGGCUUAGGCCAAAAUGAAUAAUACUGUUACUUGAGCCACUUUAUAUAGCUGCUUGUAAAGCUUAUGUAGUUCUUUCUGCAUGCAUUUAAAAAUUUUAAAAAUGCUUCAGUGAUACUUUUUUCAUCAAUGAAACCAUGGCCAGUAGCUAGAUAUUCAGUAGGAUUGAAGAAUAACAGAUGAGUAAAGCCUCCAAAUUAAAUCUGAUUUUUAAGUGACAGGACAUUCUGAGUAGCAAAGACUUACUUAAAAAUAGCAAUAAAAAAGUUAAGUGUCAAAAAUCUUUUUUGAACUAAAAAAGGCCUUGAUGUGGUCCUCUGAGUGUGUUCGUAUAUAUGCACAUGUAUAUUUAUACAAUUGGAUUUUUUCUUAUUUAAAGACACCAAGGGAAAAAAAAAAAAAA